AUGGUCGUUGGUCCAAAGAAGGUGCGAGACUCUCCCGCGUACACAUCGUCGUCGCCAGCACAGUCCUUGUCGGCGACUUCGGGAGAUCGGAAGCGGGGUGGGGAGAAGCGUAUCUCAGAAAGACAGUACGCAGCGCCGGGGCAGUUCAACGCUAGAGACCGCGGUCGCGCUCGCAGUCACUGUGCAACAGCCCUCUUGGCACAUCCGAACGCAGUAACCACCGUCGACGACCAAGACGAGAGGAGGGACACGGCACGCAGGGAUGCAAUAAGGAAUGACGGUGUCGAUUUCGUCACUGAAAGCGUAGACAGUUGCAACAGCGGUGACCGCUCUGAUCUUUCGAUGUCGCAUCAUGGAAGCAAACACUCUGCUGAGAUAGUGGUCGAGGAGAUCAGUGGCGGGCCAAUUAGCACGCUACCCCUCACGCCCGCGCUGACACCACCAACUACGACAGCAGCUGCAGCGUCUGAUGCGUUAGACGGCGUUGUGGUUAUCGCGUUGGGAUCGCCACCACCGGCACGGAGGGAACAAGGUGGCUCCCGAGGCCACCACAAAGGCUGUGAACGAAGCGAACCGGCGCAACGGAGUGUGACGUGUAUAUCUGACGAGGAGGACAUGGUGGAGUUGCCGCACCCCCGCAAGCGAACCAUGCUGUCACGAUCGCAUCCUUCAGUGGAGAGCAGCAGCGCCAACACCCACUGCUUUCACACCCUCGAGCUCAAGAUGUCGUCACAGCUACUGUUCGAUGACAAAAAGGGCGAUGCAGCCGACGAGGAAGGGUUUCCAGUGCUGCAGCCGUAUCAGCAGCGUGAACCAGAUCUCACUGUGCACCGCACCAGCUGCUGCUUUUCCUCACUCGGCCCGUUGCCCACUCGCGCCUCCGUCAGCUCGGAUCUCCUUGCAGCUAUAGAUGGAACUGAGUUGAAGCAGCAUUUGCGCCACAUCGACAACGAUGCGGGGCCGCGCGCUCUUCACGCCGCACCCAUUCUGCAGGUGUCAGGGCUCAGAGACUUCUUCACCUACGGCAUACAGGCAGCGAUGCGUCACUACUCUGAGCACUUCGACGGUACUACCGACUCAGAAGAGGAUGGCGCAUGCGGUGCGAUGAGCAAUAGUGCCGUCACGCCACACCUUGACAAUGUCCCUAGCCCCACAACGCUACCAACUUUACUGUAUGACACGCACCAACGCAGCACGGCACCACGCUACCGCAAUGCAUUUCUGGAAGACAGCUCUGCUGUACCGACAUACUAUGAUAACACCGCACGCAACCGCCCCAGGGCUAAUUCGUGCAGCAGCAGCAGCAGCAGCAGCAGCAGCGCUGCCACAUACGACAGCGACGUUGAAGGAACGGACUUGUCCUUCUCACGGGGCGACAAGAAGACAAGUACCCAGAAGACGUGUCUGCUGAACCCUCAACAAACCUCUCUUUUUCGAGCCCCUCGUGGCGUGACGGCAGCACGCCACUCGCCCGGACAAGGGGUGAUGGCAGACAGUUCGUGGCUUGGCGCAACCGCUACAAGGGCUUCGUCGACCAACUUGCAGACGUUGUCAAUGCCGCCAUCCGGCUCGGCGCAGGCGGCGGAUCAGCAACGCAAAGACGGUGCGCAAAUGCGCUUCCGUGAAGCGCUGCAGCACGCCUACCAGUGCGAGGACGUGCACAGGCAGUGGCGACGUGCACAGCUAGACAAGCAGCAGGAGCAGCUCUUACGCGGCGUCGCGCUUCUUCAAGGUACAACGUUCUCUUCGAGCGAUGCGCUUCUCGCUGAGCUGCUACCCUCGCGUGGGCGUGAUGGUCGCCGUCGGGCUGACCCGCUCAGGUCCUCUACCCCACUCCAGCAACAGCAACCACAAGACGGUGCGUCAUCCCUAUCGCUGCUCGCGAAUUGUGCCGAGGCGGCAGUAGAGAGAGGCACGGAGACGAUCACGCAACAAGCAGGCAAGAAUCGCGAAGCAGGACCGGCGCCUGCGCAACGAAGCAACACCGAUGACAAUGGCACCUCCGACGCCUUGACGCGUUUGGCUGCCGAAGCAAUGUACAGCGUGGGUGACGAGACUGGAGGCGGCUCUGCGCUCAGCAUUGACACAGGCGAAGCAUGCUUGUCGUCCUCGUCGAAGGCUACUUCAACUCCACAGAUGGAUGCUGCCUCCAAACACCCUCUCCACGGCAUGCCCCCGGACCAGGUGCAGAGGCUGCGCAAGCCGCUGAACCCCUUCAUCGAGGCACUCCUUCGCCAUCACCAGGAUGCUCAGCGGAAGCAACGGGCUGCACAACACGCAGAGGACCAGGCCAUUCACGCCAGGCGCAUGUACGAGCUGCCUGUGCUCACAGAAGAUGUGGUCCGCUACGCAGCGUUGCUCCUCUGCUUACGGCGUCGCAGCAGCGGUGGCGGUGACAUGAGAGUCACGUGUGCAGCCAGCGCAGGGGGGUCUGGCAUGCCGCAGCCAGGCCCCGCCGGCAAAGAACUGAGCAGCUCAACCACGAGUGAGGAGUCAGCACAGUCCCCCAACGUGGCAGUCGCCGACCCCGCUGCUGCGCUGGCGUUUGGGGAAGAGGGCGCACUCUUGUACCUCAAGUACCCCGCCCCGCUGCUGCGCACUACAUCCUUCGCGGUGGAGACGGUGCGACUGCUGAAGUGGCUGCGUACGUGGAAGAGGAACGAUCUUGGCGUAGCGGGCGGGAUGGGUGGCGCCAGCGGUGGUGGUAGCAGUGUUGGCGCUGGUGGCGUGAGUGGGGGCAGCAGCAGUAGCAGCAAGAGUCUGGGCAAAAUCGGUCGCAAGCGUGCGAGAGUGGAUACGGUCAAGCUCAACAGUCUCCACGGCAACAGCAACAGUAUCGAAGAUGACAACGACAGCGAUGGUGACAGAAGAGUGGCAGUGGUGGCAAGUCCGACCCCAGCACCUUUCGCAGCAGCCAGCAGCUGCACCAUUGCGGAGGCUCCCGCGCCCAAACGAUCGACAGUGGAGCACGUCAGUCAGCAGGUACAGCACGCCGUUGAGCUUCAAAAGGUGCAGGUGAAGCAAGAGAGGCGCUCCGCCUUUCUCAACUUCUUUGGAGCGGCUACAGUGACAGCAGUGGCGACGCCAACCCCCUCGCCCACUAAAGAUGCGAAGUGGCAUGUGAAGGCGGCGCAGAGCCAGGGCGAUGGCAACCACGACACUGAGGAGGUGGUGGGGCAAACCCCCGUCUCCUUUUUGGCCGUAAGCGAAUCCACUGGUAGAAGUACAGGGGUGCGCGAUAUGGCCGCCAUUUCUGUCGGUGCCACGUACGGCAUCACCUCCUCUCUGAUGCCGUCACAACUCGCGCUAGCAUCGCACGCCUAUCAGCUCUACUGCCACGCGUGGAAGCACGCGGUCAAAACUGGCAUCACACCCUUGGCCGUUGCGGCUAACGCCUUCUCCAGCCACAAAGCAGUCACUGAGCAACUUAGGCUAAACAGCUGUCCCGGCAACACCGCCGGUGCUGCUGCCGCGAGCAACAAAAACACGAGUUGGGUCGAUGGCGCCGUCUCCCGCGUCUGCGCCGCGUUGCCUUUCUUCAAGGAGAUGCGCGAGGAGGCGCAGCGCACCGCACUAGGCUCUGCAAAUAACGGUGCCUACUACGAGGACGCCUUUGGCAACCGUCUGCGCAGCGCACGGCUCGCCAAGAAGGAGCAGGAGCAGCGAGAGCUGCUGUUGGCGCGGCAACGGCGGCGAGCGAAGAGGAAGGGCUACUUUCAUCGUGACGACGAAGACGGUGGCCUCGGCGGCAGGGUGUCAGACAGCGGGGCCUCAGCCAUGCUAGAAGCGAUGCUACAUCCAUCCACGACGUGUGGCACCCAAGAACAAGGUGUUGGGCGCGGCAAGAAGCGACGGCGCAGCACUGACGGCGCUGGAGGGAUUGCCAGUAGCAACAACGCCAGGGAGGGUAAAGGAGUGGCGAAAGGCACACAACCUCGCGUCAGCUACGGAUGUGCAGCCGCUUGCCGUGAUCUCCGACCUCGAUCGCGUGCAGCGUCGUCGUGCUCCUCAUCCUCACAGCCCAGCUCGCGCAGCAGCAGCACUGCAUCGACGGUGUCAACGGAAAGCGACCAGGUCGAGGCGGGGGUAAAGGACGAGUUGACCAACAUCGCCGUCGUCUCAGGUCCGACAGGCUCUGGCAAGACCGCCGCCGUGUACGUGGCCGCGCAGCUGCUCGGUUUCCGCGUGGUGGAGAUGAACGCAUCGGUGCGGCGCUGCUCGAAGACAGUGGAGCAUCUGCUUGCGGAGCUCACGCGCAGCCACCGACUGAGUGGUCUACGGCCCGGCACAACAGGUGGAUUUAAUGCAGAAGAAGAGCUUGCAAAGUUGAAGCAGCAGCAUGCCGUCAUGAUGGAGCGUGCCAGGGCUGAAACAGAGGCCACCGAACGGAAAGCGGAGCUCAAGAGACGCGAGGCAGUGAAGUCAAACGGUAUCUCGGCCCAGGCGGUCGCAAGCUUUUUCGCCAAGAGCAGCGGCCGCGCAGCAGUGCCGUGCAGUAAGACAGCCAAAUGUGCCAAGGGAAAGGACGCAGCCAAACAGGUCUCGGGUGUAGAUAUGGUGGGCGAGGUGUCUGCCUCCGCUACCACCACGACCUCGUCGCCGCCACCGCCCCCCACAACAGCCCUAGGGACUCCCGCCAGCGUGGGCACCUUGCUUCUCUUCGAGGACGCCGAUAUUCUCCUCGGCGAUGAGUCUGCCAAACCAUUUUAUGCAGCCAUCCGCGACCUAGCACACCGGAGCAAGGUGCCCAUCGUUGUAACGGUCUCCUCCGACCCAGCCGCUGCACAGCGCUACGACACCGAGCCUUUCCUCGCUCUCCUUGACGAGCAACUGCAACAGCGACACCCAAUGUCGACCUCGCCGACGUCCGUCUUGCAGCCUACGUACUGGCAGCUGUGUGAUGCGGCGGGGCUGAACUCGACGAUGGCUGCGCUGGAAGCAGCACAGCAAGCGCUUCAGGUGGAGGUGGAUCUAGGCAACCGCGGCGUUUUGACGGCAACGACGAUCACAACUACGGCCGCCACACACGAGAACGACGGUAGCCCUUCUGUGAUGGGCGACAGCGGCGAAAGCACGAGUAAGUCGCCGGUGAGUGGUACUUCCGCGGCCUCGUUCCUCUCGCUUUUCGCCUCUGCCGGUGGGGGCGGAGCGGCCGGUAGCGCAGCGUCGGCUGCAGGCGCAUGGACAAACGGGGCGGGCACUGGUGUCUCCGCCACUGCCGCUGCCAGUGGAGGCGGCGGGGCCGGCGGCACCAACACGGCCGCCCCAGCCGCUGCUUCCCUGGUGACUACGCGCAGCACACACAUACUGCUCAACCCCACUCUCGUCGCGAACUUCUUUGGCUCCCAGACGCCCUUCACCGUGGUCGACCCGCUCCCCCCAGCUGCUCUGUACGCACAACUCCUGGCGGUUGGGGCAGUGGAACUGGACUUGCUGGGACUCGACGAACCUGCCACGUCGCCGGGCGGCAGCGACGGUGCUGUAUCGCUAUCGUCUUCACUCUCGCAGCAGGAGCUGGAGCGCAUGGCGGCCCGACUCAUCGUACGUGACACACGUCUUUUCCUUCGACUUGCUAAGCACCUCCGCCACCACAUCUUCGGUGCCUGGAAUAUGGUUGAUGAUGGAAGCGGCGCGCUCGCGCCUUCAUCGUCCUUGCCGGGACACAGUUUGGUGACUGCUGUGCAGUGCGACGCGGCCCGCCGCACGACGACAGAUAUACGUUACUGGCUGAACAAGCUACAGCUGUUACUCCUUUCACUGCGCGCAGGCAGCCGCGCAGCACAGCCACUCGAUGCGGCUGAGGCUGAGACGUCGUCGGAGGCGGUCAUGCGUAAGCGGUCGCGAGAGGCGAUGGAAACGUCGUCUGCGACCGUGCCAGCCGCAUACAGAGGCGGUAACGUAAUGCGUGAAGCAACCCCAAGAACUCGCUGUGCCGAGCAUCUGGUAGAGGUCGAGUUCCAGCACUGCGUCAGCCUCGCCUCGAGUGAGUGGGACUCAGCCCUGGGACGACACCUCUCCAAUGUGGCUCACAAUGAACAGCACAGCACUCGCUACGAGCGCUGGUUCUUGGAGGACCACGUUUACUACAUCGCGGACAUUGUGGAGGAGCUGGCCACGAUUGAUCACCCUACCGCGCGCGUGGACUACACAACUUCCCUGCAGGUGUUGGCGUCUCCUUUAGCUGCUGCGCAAUCGGCACGGCGCGGACGUCCGCCAUCGUCGUUGUCGUUCAGCAAGAAGUCUUCUUCCGCCAGCGAUCCCGAGAGAAAGGCGGCUACGACUCCAGGUGCGGCUGGCCACCAACACGAGGGGGCCAGCCCAUGUGCGACUCAAUGCACCCGUAGCAGCGGUGGUACUGGCGGCGGCAUGAACUCUGCGUGGCGGUCUUUCUUUGCUGCCUCUGGUGUGAGUUGGGCGUCUUCAUCGUCGUCAGCCACGUCGGCAUCGCCAGCCCUUCGUGGCGUCUCACCGGCAGUUCCGCGCCAGCAAGCGCUCUUUGACUGCGGCAGCUCCAAGGCAGCCGGCAGGGUAGUCGGCGCACCGGCGCCUCCACCUUUGACCAUACCCGCUCGGUACGAGUGGCCGCCGAGCGCCUUCGACCUGCGCAGGCAGGCAUGCAGCCACGCACAUCUGCGCCCGGUGGAACUGCUGCUCCCCUACGGCGCGGCAGAGGCUUACUACGGAACCGCAGCGGCAUCCGCGUCGACACUUGCGCCCUCCAGCAUCCACGGCAUGCAGGAGCCGACCUCAGCGCUACUCGGCCACGAAAUUCCUCUUCAAUUCCUGACACGCCGCUCCGUGCUCAACCCCUCAACGGGUGAUAAUGGGGAAGCGGAAGAUCUAGGCCGCGAGCUCCCCAGUGGCGUGCGUACGACUCAAGAAGAGCGCUUCGGCGUCUUCCGGAGGUGGUGGUGCCGAGCUCGAAAGGCCGGCGCGUUGCGUGACAGCGUCGCUGGACGCUCCGCCGCGACGCUGGAGGAUAUCAUCGGCUUUGGCUGCCUACUCACUCCGUCAGCAGCCGCAACGAGGAAUGUCACCAGUGGAAAGCCUGUGCGCACUGCGACUGCGCAGUGA